CCCAGUGUUCUUUCCGUAGCCACCCAAAAUGACGCUUCUCUGUUGACUUAGCCUACAGUUGGGAGUUAUCGGUGUGAAGUGUUUUAUUAUUGACGUCAGAAUGGAUAUUCAUCACCCGCACUUGAUCGGUGAUUGCCUUAUUCAUAUUUUUACAUUCCUGACCGAGGAAGAUUUAAUAAGUGCCUCGUGUGUGUGUAAGGAUUGGAAUGAAGCUGCAGAGACUCCAUGGUUGUGGAGGAGGAUGUGUCUGCAGAGCUGGGGUUUCUGUAACCUCGCUGUCCUGGGGAGUGGACACGGGGCCCACUCAUGGAAGAGAUACUUCCUGCGACGAUGCCAUUUAGAGAUGAAGAUGACGAAAGGGAAGACAGGAGGUUACACCUGCAAGAGCCUCAGAGGACACACAGGCAGGGUGGUGGGGUUGGUGUACCUGGAGGGGAAUUCAGCUCAGCGUCCUGACAUCUGGAGCAGCGGUGCCACAGUGUGCAGCGCCUCUACUGAUGGAACAGUCCGAGCAUGGGACAUCCAAAAUGGUAAACUCCUGUGGUGCAGUCCCGUGCAGAGUCCCUUGACAGUGAUUGUAAGUGAUGAAAAGCAUGACGUUGUGAUCACAGCAGACUCCACAGGCCUCAUCAAGACCUGGCAGGGUCAGACCGGCCAGGAGUUGGCCUCCUUUAAAACUGCAUCUCCACCCUGUACUAUACUACAGUAUAAUAUCAACGACAAUUGGUUUCUGACUGUUGGAACCAGUCAGGGAUCUGUGUGUACGCUAUCUGAUUCAGCUUUGACCAAAAAGUCCAGCGUCAUGGUGUGUGACACAUUUAAAAUCAACACACUCCUAGUUUCACCUGACAAGAAAUGGAUCAUUGCUGGAACCAAGGACAAUGAUGAUUUAAGUCCAAAGGUGAUUUACAGUGAGAGUUUGACCUCCCCGUCUGAGGACGAAGAGCCUCUGUGCCAAUCUGUGCCGGUCCCCGGCUGCCAGGCUGCUGUCUUCAUACCCACCCAGCCUGCCAGACUGGCCAUCAUCCACCACAACCAGCAGCCAAACAACAAAGCCCUCACUGUCUUCGAUGUCAGCAUUAAAAAAUCUAAGUACAAGUCAGAGAUCCAGGUCCAGCAGGUGGAGUCCUUCCCCUUGACACCGACCACCGGGUCCUCACACGUCCUUCUCGAAGCCAAGGACAGCAACUGCUUAGUGUUGGCAGCUGAUCAGCAGCUGUGGGUCUACUCUUUGAAAGGAGCCCUGCUUGCUAGCUUUAAAGAGCAUACUAUGCCUAUUUCUUCUAUGUCUGUGGACAGCUUUCGCGUGGUGACAGCAUCUCGGGACCUCUCCUUACGAGUGUUGACAUGGAGAAAUGACAGAGACCACGGGUUGACCCUGGAGAGCCGCUACCACUUACUGGGAGGCUCUCACACAACGUCCAGAGGGUUCACCCAUGUUGCAUGUGACUACUCCAGCAUCGUGGCCACCGCAGAAGGGAUAGACGGAAAAGAUGUCUUAAAAGCGUAUUCUUUCUCAUGAGCGUCGCUGCUCCAAAAAAAGGUGCCUACAAACAGUUUGCACAACCCUCCAGAAGGAGGAUCCUUUGCUUUUAUUAUGACCUUUUCAUCAUAUAUGCAGACAUUAGGAUGGGAAGUCUAUGUUUACACUAACCAGAAUGUAUUACAGAAUAGAAAUCCUCUAUUGGUACACUGUGUAAUAAACGUGCUUGUUAAGAAAAAAUAAGUUUUUAAAGAUGUAAGGGUAAUGUUCAUUAACUACGCUUUGGAGCCGAGGUAUGUCACUGUUGAAUAUGACCAGUCUUAAGGCAUAAAUGUUUGCUAAAUAUUCUUUUGUCACCUGUCACCUGCUUCAAUAUGUCACUACAGAAGAAAAUACUCAGACACAUAGUUAUGUGUUAAUGACAAGAAUCUCUAAUAAAAUAAUCUAGUGACAAAAUGUAUGGUGAUACAUUUUUAUAUUUAGCCCAAAUUGGCAAGCUCUUGGAAAAGUUUAGCCUGGGAAAAUCCUGACGAACUUCGGCAAAUUUGAGAUUUGUUCUGAAAGUCUGUCUGGCCAGAAGCCCAUUCAAGCCCAUUUCCAAUUUUUCCAAUACAAGGCACAAAUCAGAACCGUUUGAGGCGGGCUUUACACGAUUUCCGUGAACGGGCUCUGCAACAUGCUCCCUGGUUGAGAUGUUUUUCCUGUCGCUCUGGAUACGUCAUGUCCUUCCUCACUCUGAUUGGCUUUAGGUCUAUCCAAUUGCACCCAGAGGCAUUUAAGCGUCCGUUGGUGAUGCCCCUUUGGAAAUGUGCUGUGAGUGAACCUUCCCCAGACCCACUCUGUGACAACUGAGAAGGUUCUGGUUUCAACCAGGCUAGGAAAAGUUAUCACAUUUGAAACAAUUUGCCCACAAGGCACAAAAGCAUCCUUUCACCGUAUCCAUGUCUGGUAGUUCCUAUGUUAAAGAGAAGGGAGACGUUGGCAUCUCAUCUGCUUUGAUGACCCUAGAUCUCAUGUCCUCAAGGACACAUCGUAGGGCUGUAGUCAUGGAUUCGUACACUUUGCUUUCAUCCUCUGAGUUAUUUUUGAUCUGUUCAAAGGCAAACAAAACUCAUGUUGUUGAAACUAAAUCGAUGAAUGAAUUAAAUUGUUGAAAUGAAUCCCAAU